UGUUGUCAUUCUUGUCAAAGCAAUAACUUGUUUAAAUAAUUCGUGUUUUAUCUAUUCCAAUAACUUUUAACCAGCUUUACACCAUGGUCGUGGCCCAGAAAAAUCCAACUCCCUUUGGGAGCAGCGUGAAGAGGUUCGGCAGGAUCACAGUGCACCCUGCGCUGGACCCGAGCGGCCUGUACACCACGAGACCACCAGCGUGUGACCCCUGCCUCUACCAUCCGCAGCCUAUCCACAAAAUCUUCGAAGUUAACAGAAACUCUAAGACCGACAAAGAUCCAUGGCGGUACAAAAAGGAAUUGGAAGACUGGGCAAAAAAUUUAGGUUACAGAAAUCAAUCCAUUCUAGACAAACGACGGUGGCAACAAUCACUACUAGGUCCAGCGUGGCACGACGUACCUGAAAUGCCGAAAUACGAAGCCGCAUGCAAGAAUGUUGGUUUUGGCAGGACACCCCGAUACAAACCGUCGAAGAAUAGAAUACCUGGUCCAGGCACCUAUUACAAGGCUGUUCCGUUUAAAGCACCCUACGGUCCCCACUCCACCCGACCAUCCUUCGAGCGUGAGGAGCCCUGUCGGUUCAAAGACACUUGCCCCAGAUGGUCACUAGCUCCAGACCGUUACAGAAUCGUGGACAAAGAAAGCAUAGAGCAGAAAUCUAAUAAAAUCGUUUCUCUUAGGGGACCAUACGAUCUUUUCACAGGCAAACGAGACGGUUCCUCCAUAAAGAAUCAUUUUAAUAGGUCCAUGAGAGUUUCUGCUGCUACUUGGCCCAUAGCAUUACGAGGUUCCUUGGAAAAGUAUAAGAAAAGUCAUUUCGGUACGAUGAAUAAAACGAAUCGAAGCAAGCCCUAUCGAGGGCGGAAUGCUUUAGUCGAUUUGUCUAUGUGUUUAAGGAGGCCGGAGGAGCCUGGGCCAGCUCACUUGAACAUCGACAAACCGAAGGUAUUUAAGCAAAAUAAGUGUGGAUUUAAUAGCUCAUAUGACAAGCCUCCAGGGUACAAACGGGUGAUCGUAUGGCCCGGCGUUGGGAGAUACAGCGUCAAGGACGUGAGCUGUGGCCUGCCCGGGCAGGGUCACUGCCAUGUGUUCCUGAGUAAACAGGGCAGAACCAUCGGCUCAAUUUUGCCAGAACCCAUGAAUUCCUUUUGACUGGUUCCUUUUCUUGUGUAUUAAUUACCUCAACUACAUAUUUUCCUUCCUUUAAUUAUGGUCUAAUUUAUCAUUUAUGAGCCAACAAGUACUUUCUUAUCUACAGUUAGUUCCUUUGAGAAAGGUAAAACAAUGCAAUUUCCAACGGAGCGAACCAAUUUUGCUUAUUCUGCGAGUUAUCUUUAGACAGCUUUUUCUCUUCAAACAGUCAGCUUGGUUUUCAUUUCUUCCAGUUACCUAAAAUUCUCAAUUUAAACUUUGAAUAAGUUAAUAUACCUAUCCGGUAAAAAACUUCUAUUCCUUUAAAUAGAUGGAUACUGGGUAUCUACUACCUACUCUUACUUUUACCAAUCCACCAAGUAGGUAUGUAAUCUUAUCGCUAGCUCUAUUUGAUUGCUUAGAAUACCUUAUUAAUGCCUACCUACCAUAAUUAUUAUUUUCCAUCAUCACAUCACGUCAAAAGACAGAAAAUGUUUAAAGCCUCGACAUGAGUGUGGCGCGCGUUGAGCUGCCUUUCAGGACAUUAAGUAGGUAGGAUAUGCAGCAAAAAAAGCUUUAUUCUUCUCUUCGUUUUUUGAUUUAAUUACAAGUCAAA